AUGCAAAAUCUAUAAGAAAAUAAAAUAUAUGAUAAAUUUAACGUCUAAAUAUUAAACUCAUGUCAAGAAAUUUCAGGAAGCUUAGAAGGUUUUGAAUAUUAAUCAACUUAUUAGAGUGAAAAUGAAUACAGUCGCUCAAUUUAAAAGAUAUAAUAAUUGUAAUAUUAUGACUACGAAAAUUUAAAUAAUAAACAUUAUGAAAAUAAUUCAAUUAUAAAUGAAGACAUUAAUCUAAUUUAAUUUCCUGAAGGCUUUAAAUAUGAAAUAUUCCAAUUUAACCCUAUUGCUUAUGAAAACACUUCAGAUUAUUCUUUUAAAAAAAUUAUAAACGAUUAGGAGAACAAAACAGAUUCGCAAAGAAUAGUUAUGAAGAGAUAAUCAAAAAGCAAAAAAAUAAAUUAUGAAACACUUUUUGUAACUAAAGACACUCCAUAAAAAAUUUUAAGCCUAAACAGGAAAUUUUAUCUGUUUUUAGAUUAGAUAAUAGACCUAGAUUAUUUUACAAAUAUCAAAUAUCCAAACGAAUAUAUUUAAAACAACUUCUCUGUGUAAUUAACAAAAGGUUUUAGACUUAUAAAUAAAGUUUUGCAUAGAAUCGAUAAUAAAUUUAUAGAAGUAGAAAUAGAAUAUUUAACUAGAUAAACUCAAAGUAUAGACUAUAUAAUUCAUAUUUUGAAAUCAUUAGGCAAUUAAGAUUUAAUAAAAUAUAUUAACUAUUUAUCAGAAUUUCAGUAGAAUAUAAAUAUUUGUUAGAAUUUAAUCUAAAAAUAAUCUCUCGCAUAAGAUUUUAUUCAGAAUAGAUUAGAAAGAGAAAAAGCAGCAAAUGAGAAAUUCAAAGAAAUUACAUCAAAUUUAAAUCCUGCAAAAUUGAUAUUUUACUAAAGAUAUUCAGUAAACUAUGAAACUUAUCAAUAUGAAUCAACAGUCGCAGGAUAUUCACCUGCUUUGUAUGAGGUUUUAGAUAAUGGAUCUUAUUAUUUUAAGAACUACCUAUUAAAAAACGGCUAUUUCGAUCCUAUGUCGCCUCUGUUUAGACUUGAAGAAUUCUUUUAUAGAGUUUGCUAUUUUUCAAAUAAUUUACCUGAAGAGUCCGAUGAUGAGAUAAAUAAAUAGGUCAACUUAGAAUUAAUUACUGUAGAUAAUUAUAGAUUUCCGGUCACCAUGAAGCUUACUCACAGAUAUCUUGAAAAAGAUUUUGAUAUGCAAAAUAAUUUAGAAUUCAAAAUUAAAGACUUGCUGGCUGUGUAUGAAUUUUCAUUCAAAGAUUAAUAUGCUUAUGAAAGUUUAAUAAAGGAAAGAUAAAACAAUAUAAAAAAUUUAUGUAAAUCUGAAACAAGUUUAAGAGAGGAUGUUGAUUUGAUUUAAAAUGAUUAUCUACAAACUGAAUUUUUUUAGAAAUAUUAUCAAGAUGAGAUUUAAAAUUUAUUAAAAAGAGGAAACAAAUGGAAUAAAAUAUGUGGUUUUCAAGAAAUUCCUAAAAAAAAGUUAAAACAAGAAGUAUGA